AUGCAGUCUAUCUCCUCAGAAUCGACCUUACCGACAGACGACCCCAAAGUUUCAGCCCUUGAGCUCCUGCGUGACCACUGCCUUGAGCUUACCCCGGAUGGAAAAUACGUGCGAUGGUUGCGAAAUCACCCAAGGCAUCCUCGAAAUUGGUCUGGCCUACGAAAGACUUACGAUAUUGUCCUUAUCUGUCUGUUGGAUCUAUUUAUAACAGCAUCUAGCACCGCAGGUUCGGCAGCUGCUACACAAGCCAAACAUGAAUACAAUAUCAGUGAAACGCUUUCUAUUUUCAUAUUUGUCACGAUAUUUCUUCUCGGCCAAGUGGCAGGCACCAUCUUAUUUCCCCCGUGGUCGGAGACAUUUGGGCGAAGGAACAUGUACAUUGUGAGCAGUGGUCUCAGCGCCCUUUGCUGUAUGAUCAUUGGCCUUGUGCGUGCAAUGCCGGUCAUUAUCAUCAUGCGCAUCCUCGCCGGGCUUCUUUCCGCCAUUCCUUAUACCAUAAUCGGCGGCAGCAUCGAGGACAUGUUCAACUCGCAUGCUCGAAUAUGGGCCAUGUAUUAUUGGACAGUUGCUUCGAACAUUGGUCUCAUCCUUGGGCCCAUCAUGAGCAGUUAUAUAAUUGCAGGUCUUGAUUGGCGAUGGAACUUCUAUAUCUUCGCCAUCAUCAUUGCUGCAAUUACAUGUGGUCUCUUCUUCAUUCGGGAAUCUCGACCUUCCUUGUUGCUGGCCUGCGAGGUGAAACGAGUCACCGAUAUGACUAUCCAAUCAAUCCCACCGCCACUCAAUCACGACCAUAUCCCAGAUCUCAAUAUAUUUGUAAAAGAUGCCCUCUUUCGCCCCGCCCAGCUCUUCUUCCAAGAGCCCAUCAUUUUUGUCAUCGCGAUGAUGAUCUCCAUCGCCAUGUCCCUCAUCUACAUCUUCACAGAAGCCCUCCAACCCAUCUACGAGUCAAUGGGAUUUUCAACAACCGAAGCUUCACUCAUGUUCAUCGCUAUUGGCCUGGGAACAUGUCUUAGCACAUUGACACGUGUGCUAGAUGGCUACAUUCUCAACUAUUUCCGUAAACAGGGACGCCCUAUUAAGCCAGAAUACAAGCUUAUCGGGUUAGGUCUCGGUGGUCCAUUUCUGGCAAUUGGUCUAUGGUGGUUUGCUUGGACUAUUCCACCCCAGAUCCACACUCCGUGGAUUGUCCCCACGACUUCCCUUGUUCUGGUGGGCUAUGCGCUGACGGAAAUGGAUACCGUGCUGUACGGAUAUAUCUCAGAUUCUUAUCUGAGUUACUCUGCCAGUGCCACGGCUGCUGUUGCAUUCGUGCGAGCGCUGCUGUCGGGUGUCUUUCCGCUAUUUACGACGCAGAUGUUUGAUCGGUUGGGAAAUAAUAACGCUAUGUCUGUACUUGCUGCUAUAGCAACUGCGUUUUGUAUAGUUCCGCCUGUGUUUAUCUGUUAUGGAGAGCGGAUUCGUCGGGCGAGCAAGUUUGCUCGGUAUAGUUGGGAAAUCCAGGAGGAGCUGGGUAAAGAGAAAGAGGAUUGGUGA